AUGAUUGAUUUAAGUUUCAAAAUCUCAGAAGAGAAGGAGAAAAGUGCAUUAGGAGAAUCAAGCACAAUUUAUGGAAAGAGUAUAAUGAAAUCAAGGUGUUUGUAAAUACAAAGAACCUGCAAAACAUCUUGA